CCAGCUAAGCGCGAACACGCUACUCCGAAGAAGCGCCACGGAAAAGUCACCGAUUACAUGGUGGUUCGCAAGAAGCGUCUCCAGCACUCGCCGAAGCGAUUGGACAUUGUUCUGCCAGAGGGUGGUCGUCUUGCGGCUCGUGUCUGA